AAACUCCUGUGGCUGAGGGUGUUUAUUAUGUUCGUCUAAUAGGGGUGAAGUGUUUACUCCAAGUAGGCCUUUUUUUGUGCGUCUGCAUCUCUUUUUGUGGAAAAUGUGGGCAUCUAUUGAGUGUUCGUUUGUUCAAAUAGACUACACACCCUGCACCGAGUCACAGAGUGUAUUACUCUUCUAAAACCAGACCCAAGUCAAUGGGACAGCGUGGUUACAUUUGUGUUGCUCUGUGUGCUGUGUUGCUAUUUUUUUUUUUUUUAAAGAAAAAGAAGACAAUUCAAGCCACAAACACUUGAAUGGGCAAAGAAAUCAGCAUAUGUCAUGAAUAAUUUCAUAAAACAAAACAAUGCGACAGAAUCAUCACUGUUUGAAAAGUACCAAUAGAGUGGCAAAACCAAAACCUGCUGAAACAUCUAAACAAGCAGCUUCCUUGUACUCUUCCAGUAGCAAACAUAUGUACAAUUUCAUAUUUACAGUAACCACUGAAAUCUUGCUUUUACUGUGAUGCCAAUCCAUGCAGACAUCGUAGAUGCAGAGAAGUGUUAUUUUGCAUAUGUCUUUGUCUAGCAAGCCUCUCAAGCCCAGAGGCCACUGUUAGAAGAGUGAUUUUAUUGUGCUUUACCCCCUUCCUCAUUUCAAAUAUGUUCCUUUGUUGGUAAUCUCUUGGCCUUCCUGUGACUAAAUAGCCACUAUUCAGUUUUAAUCCCUUAGAGAACACAUGACCAUGCUUGACAAAUUCUAGUGUCUGGAGAUGUUUAGCAUCCUGUACUCUUUCCUGCCUCACCUUUUGCUCCUUGUGGUUUAUGGGGCUUUGAUUGCUGGCAUUCAGCCUCAUCUGACAGAGUGUUAAUAGGUUUAACAUAAUGAACAGCCACCAGCACACUCUGAGGCCCAUAAACAUCCAAACACUCUCACAGGAACUGGACUGAGCAAUGGACUUGCCAUCCUGAUGAAUACUGUACAUCCUGUCUACUGCCACUUUCCUGUUUGACUCUUAGUCUGACACAGUUGUCAUCUAGGCAAGUCAUUAUUACUUUAUGAACUAAGUAAGGUUGAAGUUGUAGUUUUAGGAAGUUACAAUUGUUUUUAAAAAGUUCAUUGUAGGUUAAAUCAAAAUUGACUUUCAGCAUAUCACUUGUUAUAGCUUUACAGAAUGAAUAAUAACAGUUUUCCAAGAAAAUGUCAACAGGAAACAGGAAGGAGAUGGGCUUUUAACCAGCAAAGGAGAGCAGAAGCAGUAUAGAACAUUUGUACCCUGGUGACUUGUCAAGCAUUACAGUUACCAUAGCAACUCCCAGUACGAGGCGCUGGUCUGUUAAGCAUCAGCGCUGACCUCCACUCUACCCCCUUUUUCUCACAUAUAUCGGGGUCUUCCAGUGAAACUAAUUUUCCCAUAGGAACUUAUGUUAAUCUAAUUACUCAGAUUGGGGGGGUCAAACUGUCAUCAUCAUAACAAUUUAAUUCACUGUACAGCCAAGUACCGAUUUGUAAAAAGAAGUUAACCUCGCAUCUAUUGUAACAAUUCAAUGUAUUAUUUUAAUAAUUAUUUUAAAAAUUCUUAAAAAGAAAUAUGCUUUUUAUUCAACAGCAACAAAAUGUUAAAGAAACAGUCUUGUCAAAAUGGAUGUUUCAUUGUAGUCUAAAGACUUUGACUCAUACAGUGUAACCCCAGACUGACUAAAUUCCAUUGACCAAACUUUGGAAUUAGUCAGAGAAAAGAAGCUGUGGGUGUGUGAAGUCUUUUCCCCAAUAAAAUGUACUAAAAUAGGGAAAGAGCAGUUUCUAUAUUGGCCAGUCAAUCCAACGCCAGUAACCACCAACUCACCCUGACAUCACUUAUUUGCUGAUUCAGUUCGGCAAAUACAGAAUACUCACAAGCUAUUUUGGGCCCAAUUUACUGUCUUUUCCCACAGUUAAAAUGAAGCCUGUUUUAAAUUAUCAUUAAUAUGUUUACUAAGUGACUGUAGUUGUGCUGCAUAAUUGGCUCAUGGUGGGUUUCAUUACUUUUCUUUUUAUGGUUAAGAUCCUGUUGUUAUUUGGGGAUGUUUAAACUUUACUGCCUCAGCUUACCACAACCACACAUAAUACACACAGCACCUGAAGCUCACAAUACAGGAUAUCCUUAUUCAUAAUUAAGAUAGACAUGUCUUUCGAGUGGCUGACUUAAUUACAUUUUUCUGCAGAUCGAGUACCCACCCACUCGCUUGAGUAAAAAGACACAUAACAGCCGGUUCCUAUUAUUUUUUUCCAGAUAUGUCAUCCCUCCAAAAUGGUACCGUCCCAUACAAACAACAGGAAGAGUGUAUAGGCUUUGCCUUGACAACGGGUGGAUGUGGUUUACACACCAGAACCUUCCGACCCACAUGGACAUAACAUUGUCUUUCAGUUCUCAGGUCCAUUUCUAGAAGUGAACAAUCCUGCUGCCAUGCUGCAGCCCAGGCUAUUUAAAAACUAUUCUUCUGGUAAUCUCGGGAGAGCCCAUUAUACUAAAGAAAGGCCUUUAUACUCUAUCAGAUCUGACCUUUUCAGCUCAAACAAUACUAUGCGUAUGUCACACACGUGGGUCUGGGUUCAGGUUAGGAGCAUAAUUAGCGGUUGCAGUCUCUGCAUGUGCAUGUUUGUGCCAUUAUGAUUGCAUUUCAGUGUUUAGAGGUUACAGGAUUUAUAGCAUACAUGUGCACAACUCUCAGCCUUCAAAGACUGGCUUUGGCCGACUUGUUAAGAACACAUCUGUCAGCAUGAACUGCAAACAUCCCGUGCCUGAACACAAUUAUAAAUGUCUCUUAUCUCCAUAACUAUAUGCAGCCAACACACACACUAUCUGCCCCACCUGCUAUAUUUAGCACCAUGCUACAUUAGAAGACUUCACACUCCAUUGAGAGUGCACGCCACAGCAAGAUUUGAUAAGAGAGCACAUGUUCCUUCUCCGAGGCAUCCACACUCAUGCACAGCACACAUACAGUACGUUAGGCUGUGUUUAUGUCAUCCUUAUCACAAUGUACCCUUACUCAUUUUCCCAUUUCCUCUCUGUCUGUCCGUCCAUUGUUUUCCCAGGCUGUUAAAAUUCCUGGACUGUGACUUUUUCCUCCAUUUGCCUUCUUUUGCUGCCAUAUCCUGGCAACACUGGAUCUUGAACAUUGUUUACAUCUUUUUUUAGCCUGACUUUUGUGCAUUACUUGUUUGGGAAGUGUCAGCAGCAAUGUACCAGUACAGCUUGGCUUCUCUCUCUCUGUCUGUUUCUCUCUCUCUCUCUCUCGCUCCCUCUAACGAGAAACAGACUCAGAUGGUGUGUGUUUAUGUGUGUGCUGAGCUCUGAUCAAACAAAGCAAGGGUACUUCAAUUGUAGGAGGGGUAGGGGGGCACAGAAAGCUUCAUCACUCCUCCCCUGGACUCGCUUUGCACACACACACACACAGACACACGCAGUAUUCCCAACCACAGGGCAGGAAGCACAGUCCCUAAGGGAUGGAGGAGGGGUCAGACUUAAAGGCCCCCCCUCCUUCCAGUGAAGUUACUGGAGAAGAGGAAACUUUACACACUUUCACUCUGACAGGCCUACAGAUGCUUUGGAAGUCAACAUGCUCUACAAGGCCUUAAUGCAUAUGCUGAAGAAUACAUCUUUGUAAUAAAGCGGACGGAUCUCCCGUGGACAGGACUAUCCGCUCCUUACUGGUGCUCCAGCAUCGUUUCCCUCCACUUUGUGUUCCAAUGGCGUCAACUGGAAAACCUCUACUUCAGAGAGAAGAAGUUCUCUGUGGAAGUUCAUGACCCCAGGAGUAGGGCGUCUGUAACACGGAGGACGUUUGGUCAUAGUGGCAUCGCUGUACACACUUGGUAUGCCUGUCCAGCCCUCAUCAAGUCCAUAUGGGCCAUGGCCAUAAGCCAGCACCAGUUCUAUCUGGACCGCAAGCAGAGCAAGUCAAAGAUCCAUGCAGCACGCAGUCUGAGUGAGAUCGCCAUCGACCUCACUGAAACCGGAACGCUGAAAACCUCCAAAUUGGCCAACAUGGGCAGCAAAGGCAAGAUAAUAAGCGGGAGCAGUGGCAGUCUACUCUCCUCAGGCUCUCAGGAAUCAGACAGCUCCCAAACAGCCAAGAAGGAUAUGCUGGCAGCACUGAGGGCCCGGCAGGAAGCUCUGGAGGAAACACUGCGGCAACGGCUAGAAGAACUCAAGAGCAUCUGCAUCAGAGAAGCUGAACUGACAGGAAAGCUUCCUAAGGAAUAUCCUCUAGAUCCGGGAGAGGAACCUCCUACAGUGAGGCGGAAGAUCGGUACCGCCUUCAAGCUGGAUGAGCAGAAAAUUCUUCGUAAGGGAGAGGAAGAGGAGCUAGAGCGUUUGGAGCGGGAAUUUGCCAUUCAGUCCCAGAUUACUGAAGCAGCCAGGCGGCUUGCCAGUGAUCCUCACGUGAGCAGCAAGAAGCUGAAGAAGCAGAGGAAGACGUCCUAUCUGAACGCACUGAAGAAACUUCAGGAAAUUGAGAACUCUAUCAAUGAAUACCGGGUUCGCUCUGGCAAAAAGCCAACGCAGAGGGCAUCGCUUAUAAUAGAAGAGGCCAACAUUGGCUCAGAAGACAGUUCACUGUCUGACGCUUUGGUCCUGGAUGAUGAUGAUCCUCAAGUUACCGGUACCCCCAACUUCUCCCCAAUUGCAUCACCCCACAAAGGCCUUCCUCCACGGCCGCCAUCUCACAGUCGUCCCCCACCGCCACAGUCCCUGGAUGGGCUGCGGCACCUGCACUACGCACGCACAGAUUACGAUAAAUCGCCAAUUAAACCUAAAAUGUGGAGCGAAUCGUCAUUGGAUGAGCCUUAUGAAAAAGUCAAGAAGCGCUCCUCUCACUCCAGUCACAGACGAUUUCCAAGCUCUGGCAGCACAGAAGCAGGAGGUAGUAACUCUCUGCAGAGCAGCCCCAUCAGGAGCCUCCCUCAAUGGAACUCUCAGUCCAGUAUGCCGUCCACCCCGGACUUAAGAACCAGGACACCACACUAUGUACAUUCCACUAGGUCAGUGGACAUCAGUCCCACACGUCUGCACAGUCUCGCUCAGCACUUUAGGAACCGCAGCUCCAGCUUGGAGUCCCAAGGCAAGCUCUUGACAUCGAACACUGACACACACCCGCACGCCCUCGGCACGCUAGGCAGCCCUGACUUUUUCUUGGGCCCGGGACGGAGCUCUAAUGGCUCUGAUCCAUUGGACGAUUGCUCCUCCUGCACCAGCCAGAGCAGUUCUGAGCAUUUCUACCCCUCAGGAGGGCCUUUAGCCCCCAGCACCAAUCCCAACUACUCCACCCUCGGUGAGGACUCGCCCUCCAAAGCUAGGCAGAGACAGCGGCAGAGGCACAGGUCUGCAGGUCAUCUGGGCUCCUCUAAUUCUGGCUCCAUGCCAAACUUGGCAGCUAAGAACGGUUCUGUUGGAGGAUCAGGUGGAGGUGGCGUAGGAGGAGGACACCACGGAGUCUACCUUCACAGCCAGAGCCAGCCAUCCUCCCAGUACCGUAUCAAAGAGUACCCACUGUACGUGGAGGGGAGCCCCAACCCUGUGGUCGUACGCAGUCUGGAGAGUGACCAGGAGGGCCACUACAGCGUCAAGGCCCAGUUCAAGACCUCCAGCUCUUACACGGCAGGAGGACUGUACAAGGAGGCAUGGGGAGGAGAGGAGGGCGGGGAGGGGAGUGGACGACUAACGCCGUCCCGCUCGCAGAUUGUAAGGACUCCAUCGUUGGGGCGCGAGGGGAGUGGAGGAGGAGGGGGCCGGGCGGCGGUGUCUGAAGAGCUGCGCUGCUGGUACCAGAGGUCGUCCGGGAGCCUGAAAGAGAGGAAUCACUCCCACUCAGGAUCCACGUCAUCCGAAACAGGGUCACAGCAAGGCACGCUGGGACAUGGGCGGGUCAGUCGGGUCGGUACGCUCGCCAAGGGCUCACCAGUUGUGUCCCCACACAGCCAGAGGAGUAUGACGCCCUCAAGUGAGCAGGCAGCCACACCCACUCCCCCCUGCAGUCCACAGCACAUCCUCAACUGGCAGAGCGGGUCCUUCAGUGACAGCUGUUUCCUCAGCAGCCCUUCGUGUUCGGAGCUGGCAGACGUGCAGUGGUACAGACGCGACAAGGCCAAACCUGGAACCCUGGUCUGAGACCUUGAGAAAAGGGGCCCCCUUGGAGAAGUCCCGGUAUUGAAACCUUCCCUCCACCGUUCCUUCACCGCGUCCUGCUCGCAACAACCAAGAACCUCAUUGCUAAGGCCUGACACAUAUCCAUCCCAAAUCAUUCCCCCACUUGGGAUCAAGCGACAGACGGAGCGUAGUCGGUGUGGCAAGAGAGAGCACAGUCAUCCACUCCCCAAGAUCAUUUUCAUAUUUGUCCUUCUUACAAACUCCAAUCCACUCCAGGAUUCCUGCUGGUUUUGAGCCACCAGUUUAAAAAAGAAACACAUUGAACUCUCUUGGGUUCGUUUUUCCUUGCAUAUUUAUUACAAAUUGAGAAGGUGACAUGCUUUCCUGGCAUACAUUUCUAAGAAAGAGAUUCUUCCUCCCAGUUUAACCCACAACCAAAGACUGGAUUGGCAGAUCGGGCCAGGGUUCCCUUGCAGAAACGUGAUGGAUGGAACACGAUCUGGACUAUAGCAAUAAAACUUUGUUGGAAUUGUGUGGUGGAGAGGGUGAAGAGGUGGACAGUGUCGUGAGUUGUGCUUGUCGGGUUCGGGCAUCCAUCUCUGCUUACUUUUAGCGAUUUCACUGGAGAUGGGUUCAUGUCUUGGGCCUUUCAUCCAGCCCCUCCAGAAUUGAAAGAUGAGAGCAUUCAGUCCAUUCUAGUCCGGCCUCAGUAUUGGAUCUAUCUAGACUAAGUUCAUAUUUUUGGUACUUCCUUCCUUGGCUAUGCUACACUCUUACCUAUUUUCCACUGUGGCUGGUUCAAAGCUGGUUCAGAGUACAUUUUCAGUGUUUUUGUCAGCAAAUGCUGGAAUUUUACCAUCAUACUACUUUAAUGUCUGACAUGUGUCAACCACUGCAGUGGAUGAUGCGAAGGAUUAUUGAAAUUUAUUUGCACAUUUCUGAAUAUUAAAUCGCUAACUUAAACGUGUGUUCCAUCACACACUCGAUAAAUAUAAACAUACUAUAAAUUACCAUCAGUUUAUUCCUUUAAUUCACACUCAUUACAUUUAUAAUGUUUUUCAUGGUUAUUUCUUGGGGUCUUGUUCACAAGUGAGGUGAAGAGGGAGCUGAGCUGAAAGGCAAAGCUCUCAAUUUACCAGUCGACCUCACGAUGGUCGUGAGCUUUGGGUAGUGACCAAAAGGACAAGAUCGUGGGUACGAGCGGCCGAAAUGAGUUUUCUCCGAAAGUUGACUGGGCUCUCCCUUAGAGAUAAGGUGAGAAGCACUGUCAUCCGGGGCAAACUCGGGAGCAGAAACUCUGCUUCACCACAUUGACAGGAGCCAGAUGAGGUGGCUUGGACAUCUGGUCAAGUUGCCUCCUGGAGACCACCCUGGGGAGGUCUGUCUGGUGGGAGGCCGUAGGAAAGUUAGAGAGACUGGGAAUGCCUCGGGAUCUGCAGGGAGGAGCUGGACAGGGAGAGGGAAGACUGAGCUUCCCUGCUUGGGCUGCUGCUCCGCGACCCGACCUUAGAUAAGCGGUAGAAGAUGGAUGGUUAUUCCUAGCGUACAAUCAUGCAUUGGUCAUAGAGAGAAGUAUUUCAUUUUGGAGAACAGGAAGUGUUUCAUCUCCGUAACAGAGCGGUGUUUGAAUCUGAGAUAGAGCAUGUUGACAGCCAACAGCUCCAGCUCUGAACUAAAUCUGCACCAGUGGAAAAGGGAUAUCUGUGGACAUAAGUAUUGGGACACCUGGCUAUACUGCGUUUUAUGCGGUUUGGAUUAGUAAACACUUCACUAAAUUAUCCAAAAUAUGUUCCUAAAAGGAAGGCAUUUGCAGUAAGGGGGGGUCCAACCGGGAAGUCAAAAGUCAACUAACCCAAAAAGAAUGCAUGUCCCAGUACUAGUGUCCAUAUAGUGUAGUUCCCAGCACCCAAAAGUAGCCAUUGUCUGCACAGUACAGCAAGAUCACACACACACACACAGUCAGAACACUUUUUUUUCAGUGCCAAACAAACUUGUUGCAUAUAUAGUUAUACUAAAGCCCCCAUGUUACAGUAGACAUCAGCAAGGCAAGACCAGCCUUAAGUCAUGUUACUGUCAUGUUGACACCAUCAAUACAAAAGCACAAUACUCAUGCAAAACCACAAACACACACAAGGUGUCACAUGCCAUUCACUACAGAGAAAAGCCAUAAGCGAUGAGUGAUCCUAACAGGGUUAGAAAAGCACACCUGCUUUUGUGUGAAGGAAGCAGGACCUAUUGGAACUUUUUACAUGAAUGCACAAAAAUUCCACAAAGGUGGAAAAUGGCAUUCUUUUUCAGUGUUUCCAUCCAUCCAUCCAUGCACGAUUAGGUUCCCAAUGGAAUGAUUCUGCUUGUGGCCUGAGUGCGUUCCAAACUUGUUGUCGUAAAGUCACAACCCGGCUCCUCCACCCUACGCAUGUUCCACGGAAGAAGAAAGACCUUCAAGUAACAUUAGUGUCGCCCCCUAAUUAUUAAUGCCCCCUAUUGGUGACUUUGUGGAAAUACUUUGGAGCCCAGUGUGAAGUGCAACGCCCCCUCCCCCAUCUCUUGUCUCCAUGGAAGAGAAUUUUAACUUUUUAUCAGCCUAUUUCCUGUAUGCCUAAAGGGACUUCACAUUGUUUUAAUAUUCUUUUAACACUUUCACAUUCAAUAUUGGUUGGGGUGGGUGGGGGGGGUUCAGCCUUUUUGACAUUGUAACAACCCGUUCCGGUGCUACAGUCGACCCGACCUCUUUUGCAUUGUUAAAACCAAUAGAUUCUUAACAAGACAAGCUUAUUUUAACAGACAAGAUGAAUAGUGAUGCACUCCCCUUAUAGCAGACGAUAGAGCAUGUAACUUGUUCUCUUCAACCGUUAACAUCAAUACAUUUAAUGUGCUGUAGGUAAAAAAAAACAUGUGGAAUUGAUUAUAAAAAAAUAACUGAAUUCCACAAUUAAUUUAUUCUUUUCUAUUAAAAAUUUGUAUAGUAACUUUACAUUUUUCAAAACCCUGUCGUUGGAACUGAUGACAUUUUUUCAGAGACGCUGUGGUGGUUCUUGAGAUUAAGAAAAUAAAUUAUUGAUGAAUGUUUGCAAGACUUCUGUGCCUUUUGUCUAAGUGAGUGAUUGUCAACCACUGUGCUGUGAGGAAUUAGCCAAUGUCAUUUUUUAAAUUUAACAUUUAUUAAUCAUUUCCUGCAAAUAUUAUGUCAUUGUCGAGUGUCCGUGGU